AUGGGUGACGCUCCGCUCCCUCAAGAACACCUCGUGGUGAUUCUUCCAUUCGACGAGCCAGUCGCCUUGAUAAAUGAUAUUCGCGAAAGCUUUCCGCAUAUUCGAGUCUCAUACUUUAGACAACAGCGUGAAACGCAGGUUCAUGGUGCUGUGCCAAAAGACCUCCUUAAUUCAGCAACCAUCUUAUGUAUGUUACAUUACGCCCCGAUUCUCGAGGAUAUUCCGAAUGUGAAAUUCGUCCAUAUCGUUUCCGCAGGCAUGGACCGCUACUUGAGCCAUCCGCUGUUGACGGACACCGAGAUUGAUUUAACAACUACAUCCGGCAUUCACGGCCCACCAACCGCAGAGUGGGUCGUUAUGAACUGGCUCGUAUCUUCCAAAAUGUAUGACCAAACUUCCGAAUGGCAAAGGAAGCAUAUUUGGACACAUAACCAGAGCCUUAUGGACAAAAUGGAGGAUAAUGUGGGCAAAAGAGUUGGUAUUUUGGGAUAUGGAAGUAUCGGACGACAAGUUGCCCGCGUGUCUGUCGCUAUGGGCAUGCAAGUGCUUGCAUUUACAUUCUUUCCCCGCACGACUCCUGAAUCCCGGCGAGAUAACGGCUACAUAGUCCCGAACACCGGUGACCCCGAUGGGAGCCUACCGGUUUCCUGGCACAGUGGCUCUGACAAAGCCGCUCUCCACGCUUUCCUCUCCCAAAACCUGGACUAUCUCCUGGUAUCAGUUCCCCUGACGCCUUCAACGGAAUAUCUCAUUGGCGCCGAAGAAAUAGCCCUACUUUCAAAAUCCUGCACCCGCACCACCCGCCGGCCGUUCCUGACAAACAUCUCCAGAGGCAUGGUGAUUGAUCAGGACGCAUUGUUGGAGAGUCUGAAAUCUGGCGAGCUAGGCGGGGCAGCCAUCGAUGUAACUGAACCAGAGCCACUGCCAGCUGAUCACCCACUGUGGGACGCGCCGAAUUUGCAUAUUUCACCACAUAUAAGUUCAUUGGGAAUUGAGUAUUUGCAGAGGGCUUUGGAUGUGCUGAAGGUGAAUCUGGACCGAUUGGAGAAGGGUGAGCCGUUGGUUAAUCUAUAUAGGAGAAAAAUGGGGUAUUAAAUUCUCUCUGAGCGCUAUUAGCGUUCAGAGUAUAUAUAUAUAAAUUAUGGCGAUGCAUUUUUUUUUUUUUUAUGAUAGAGUCUACUACGGAGGUAUUUAGCUUGAAUAUUAUUGUUUUUACUCU